AUGAGCGGGGAGAGCUCCCGCGACAGCGGCUACUACCAGGCCGGCGACUGGCACGACACCCUGAUGCUCGACGUCGACGCGACGGUCCGGAUGAAUGUCGACCGGUUCACGGGGAGCAUGGUCGUGCACUGCCACAUCCUCUCGCACGAGGACGAGGGGAUGAUGUCCCUCAUCGGCCUCACGGGCACCGAGGGCGCCGCCUACUCGCAGGACGGCGCCACCGGCUGCUACAGCACCGCGUGGAGCCCGGGGCAGACGCAGGUCGUCUCGGGGGCGCUGGGCCCGGCCUGGGGCGGCCUCGGCGCGCUCGCCCUCGCCGCCGCCGCGGCGCUCUGA